UGCAAAGCAGCAGCACACACAGCAAUAAAGCAACGCGCAAAUCGGUGUAGUCAAAACUCAUCUCCUCUAUAUAAACCCACUGAAAAAAAAAGUCGGCACGUUUUUUCCCCCAAUUUCAUCUCGGGCCAAAAAAAAAAACUCCAGCUCGCCAUAGCUCGCCAUAGGAGAGGGGAUUUCGAAGCUGCUCUUGCUUAGCUGCGGCUGCGAGUGAUACGGAGUAGUUCCGGUGAUGGAGCGAGCGGAGGAGACGCCGAGGGCGCCGUCGACGGCGCCGUCGGCGAGGGUGUCGAUCUGGGAGUCGGUGCGCGCGUGCGGGGUGUGGGGGAAGGAGGUGGACAAGGCCGAGCUGCGGAGGCAGGUCGUCAUGCCGCUGUACGCGCGGCGUGCGGUCGCGGCCGCCGUGAAGGCCAAGGACGAGGCCGUCGGCGUGGCGGCGGCGGCGGAGAGGGGCGAGGAGGGGGAGGUGGAGGUGGAGGUGGAGGCGGCCGUGACGCCGGUGGUGGUGUUCGUCAACUCGCGGAGCGGCGGUAGGCACGGGCCCGAGCUCAAGGUGCGGCUCCACGAGCUCAUCAGCGAGGAGCAGGUCUUUGAUCUCUCUGUCGUGAAGCCUUCUGAUUUCAUUAACUACGGGUUGGGUUGUUUGGAGAAAUUGGCCGAACAAGGUGACAAUUGUGCGGAGACCAUUCGAAAAAAAUUGAGGAUUAUGGUUGCUGGUGGUGAUGGCACAGUUGGUUGGGUACUUGGCUGUCUCACAGAUCUUUAUAGGUUGAAAAGAGAACCAGUUCCACCCACAGGUAUCAUCCCACUUGGUACAGGAAAUGAUCUUGCCAGAUCAUUUGGAUGGGGUGGCUCUUUUCCCUUUGGUUGGCGUUCAGCUGUGAAGCGUUAUCUCAGCAAGGCAGCUACAGCUCCCACCUGCAGUCUUGACAGUUGGCAAGCUGUAGUUAUGAUGCCAGAUGGAGAGAUAAAAGAGUUGCCAUAUGCACUUAAGAAAACGGAACCUGCAGACUGCUUGGAACUUUGCCAGGAGAAUGGCACUGAGUUACCUGAGAAAGCUUCUUGCUAUAAAGGAGUAUUCUACAACUACCUUAGCAUUGGGAUGGAUGCCCAAGUUGCUUAUGGCUUCCACCAUCUUCGUGAUGAAAAGCCAUAUCUUGCUCAAGGGCCUGUUGCAAAUAAGUUGAUAUAUGCUGGUUAUAGCUGCACACAGGGGUGGUUCUGCACACCUUGUACAGCAAGCCCUCAGUUAAGGGGGCUUAAGAACAUUUUGCGACUUUACAUUAAAAAAGUCAAUUGUUCUGAAUGGGAGCAAGUUACAAUGCCUUCAAGUGUUAGAUCCCUGGUGGUCUUAAAUUUAUACAACUACGGCAGUGGAAGGCAUCCAUGGGGUGAUCUUAAACCUGAUUACCUUGAAAAGAAAGGUUUUGUCGAAGCUCAUUCCGAUGAUGGAUUGCUUGAAAUAUUCGGUCUGAAAGAAGGUUGGCAUGCUUCAUUCGUUAUGGCUGAGCUAAUUAAAGCAAAGCACAUUGCUCAGGCUGCAGCCAUCAAGUUUGAAAUGAGGGGUGGCCAAUGGAAUCGUGCGUAUGUUCAGAUGGAUGGAGAGCCAUGGAAACAACCACUCCUACAGGAGCAGUCAACCAUUAUCGAGAUAAACAAAGUUCCUUACCCUUCUCUGAUGAUAAAUGGGGAGCAAUGAGAUCUUCCCCGAUUUCAAUCAGUUUUGCAUUUCAUACCAGGGUCGUAUUCUAGAUCGUUAGAUUAUGUAUAGUUCGGGAGCAGCUGCAGGGAUUAGCCAUGGCCGGAGCACAAUCGGGCAAAAUGUACUGUUGUAUCAUAUAAAUUAUGUUGUGUCGUAGGUUAUUUCAGUGGAAAUCAAAUAUAACUUGAUUUGUAAUGUAUUUUUACCGUCAAAACAAACAAAAAAAAUCAAGUGGAAAAACACAAUGUACUGUAAAUUACUCAGAUUUCCCCUCCUGUUAUGCCAAUUUGGAAAUCUUUUGCUGCUGGGCUUGAA